GUGAUAUACCGGAACUUACGAGCAGAAUAUUACAAAACCUACAUGAUGAUCAUCUUUCACUUUAUUCUUGUACUUUGGUUAACCGAUUUUGGUGUCGUUUAACCGUUCCGAUAUUGUGGGGGGAUCCCUUUUCUUUUAAAUUUAAUAAGAAUAAACAAUUUCACUUUCUUGAUAUUUACCUCUCAUUUUUAACCGAAAAAGAUAAAAACACUUUAAAAGAAUUUGGACUUUGUCAUGAGAGAAUUGACGUAUUAUCGUCAAUAAAACCUUUAUUCAACUAUCCAAGUUUCAUUAAAGUCCUUGAUACAUCUAAAGUGGAAACCAUUAUAAAACUCUGGGCCAGUCUCUACUUAAAAUACGAACAUCAUACCUCAUACAUGCCUGUAUUCACAAAUAGAGGAGAAAAAUUAUUUUAUCCGACGAUUACCAAUUACCCUCAAAAUCAAGCUUCUUUACCCGCUUACGUGUCACCCGCGACAACGAUUUCAAACGUUCGACUCGCUCGUAGGAAUGCAUUACCAAAUUUAAUGUUAAAUAGCAGGAAUCAGAUAACGCAACAAAAUAUGCUUUCAUACGCCAACAGAAGGCGAAAUGCUCUCUUACCAGAAUCGAUAGGAUAUUUACCGGAUGCGGAAGUGAUGAUUUUAAACAAAUCGACGAUAUUUAUUUACAUCGCUUUAUUAAAAUUAUUUGUUGUAAAGAACGCAUCUUUAAACACUUUUGAGGUAAUUCUUCAACAAGCGUUUGGAAGGGAAUCAUUGGCCAAUAUCUGUGAAUUAUUCUUGAAUAAUUCCAAACUUUUUUUCAAAACCGAGGAUUUAAAGAUUAAUUUCAAUUACAUAUUAUCAGAUAUUAUACAGAUGCCAAAUCUAUCGAAGAUCAGGCAAUUUUUCACCUAUUUACCAUAUUUUUGCACUUCCAUCAAAUAUUUAACUUUACAACUCAUAACAGUUGACGAUAAAUACCUCGCAGCGGAUAUCGCACAUUUAAUUAAAUCACAAACUCAACUAUCUAAAAUUUCAUUUAAACAAAUUAAUAUGGACAUAUUUAGUUCAUUAAUAUUUUUGAAAAGUUGUUCGCCUUCUUUAACCUCGAUCACCUUUGAUGGAUGCAAUUUUAAAGAUGUUUCAUCACUCGAAGGGCUUGGAUGUCUCAUAAAUCUUGAAUCACUACAUUUUAUCAAUUGUAUCUCAUUGAAUGAGAUGGUGGUUCAUUCAUUUAUCGUCAACUUAACCACGCCAAUUAAGAUCAAAUCCUUCACAUUCCUUUACACGUAUAGGUAUUAUAGAAUAUUAGAACUUAAUAAUCCGAUAUCACAUCUAUUCGUUCAAAAAUUUGGGAAAACGAUACGAAAUUUGGUUUUGUCUCUUAACGGGUUUAGAUCCAAUGAUAUACCCGAAGCGAUCUUGGAUUAUUGUGAAAGGAUUGAUUUCUUACAUUUGGCAAACAUUUCACAUAAAAAUAUUUCUUCCGUGUUAAAGGUCGUAAAAUUUCUCAGUAAAUCCAUUAGAUAUUUAACUUUGGAGGUUAUAAGAUGCAAUUGGAUAUAUGCAGGAUGUGAUGAAAUUAAAAAGGAUUCCCUAGAUAUUAAUUCGGAAUUAUUGAGAUCUUUAGGUGAUAUAUUACCAAAACAAUUGAUAUAUUUGAAUAUUUAUUUGAUCAUUAUUGAUCCUAAUGAUCUACGAGAAUUUUUAGAAAUGUGUAAGGAGGUUCAUUUCACGAAAUUGUUGAUUCGGACAAAGAAUCAAAAGGAUACGGAAGAAAUUUUAGAUAUUUUAACGGAAUUUGUGGCAGAAACAAAAUGUUUGGAAUAUUUGACGUAUGAAAGUGAUGUUAUUGGUAUUUUUCCUGAUAUGUUGUAUUAUAAUAAUUAUUUGGAGAAAAAGUUCAAGGAGAUUGGAUCAAGUGUUAAGGUUAAAAGUUAUAAUGAACUCGUUGCAAAAUUAGAUUACAAUUGA